GCUUGCCAUUUUCCCGUAAAAAGUCUCGUUUGUUUUGUUGUGAAAACAGAGAGGAACGGAGGAGAGUAUAGUUUCCUGCACGUGAAAUGGAAGCGAUAGAUAUAAACUCACUGCAACAUGCCACCGUCGCGAACGGUGUUUCCUGCUGCAAGACUGGACCUGGGUACGCCACCCCUCUAGAGGCCAUGUCUGGUCCUAGAGAGGCUCUUAUCUACGUCACUUGCGUCUAUUCUGGGACUGGAAGGGAGAAACCUGAUUACCUAGGUACUGUGGAUGUGGAUCCAAGCUCACCUACUUAUUCCAAAGUUAUCCAUAGGCUACCUGUGCCAUACUUAGGUGAUGAACUACACCAUUCAGGGUGGAAUUCAUGCAGCUCUUGCCAUGGGGAUCCUUCUGCAACCCGACGUUUCUUGGUCCUGCCUUCCUUGAUAUCUGGGCGCAUUUAUAUUAUUGACACAUUGACAAAUCCAAAGGCUCCGUUUUUACAUAAAGUUGUUGAGCCCGCAGAUGUAAUACAGAAAACAGGCCUAGCAUAUCCACACACAUCUCAUUGCCUUGCUUCUGGUGAUUUAUUGAUUUCGUGCCUUGGUGAUAAAGACGGGAAUGCUGAGGGGAAUGGAUUUCUUUUGCUUGAUUCUGAAUUCAAUGUGAAAGGAAGAUGGGAGAAACCAGGUCACAGUCCCCUGUUUGGAUAUGAUUUCUGGUAUCAACCUCAGCACAAAACAAUGAUUAGCACAUCAUGGGGAGCCCCUGCUGCCUUCACCAAGGGCUUCAACCCUCAGCAUGUCUCAGAUGGUCUGUAUGGAAGGCAUCUCUUCGUGUACAGCUGGCCUGAUGGUGAACUGAAACAAACAUUAGAUCUUGGCAAAACAGGACUCAUACCACUGGAGAUAAGGUUUCUUCAUAAUCCUUCCAAGGAUACAGGAUUUGUUGGGUGUGCCUUAACAAGUAACAUGGUGCGGUUCUUCAAAACAGCAGAUGAAUCAUGGAGCCAUGAGGUGGCAAUAUCAGUGAAGCCACUAAAAGUUCGAAACUGGAUUCUUCCUGAAAUGCCAGGGCUUAUAACUGACUUUUUGAUUUCUCUUGAUGAUCGUUAUCUUUACUUUGUGAAUUGGCUACAUGGAGAUAUACGACAGUAUAACAUUAAGGACCCUAAAAAUCCAGUCUUGACAGCCCAGGUAUGGGUUGGGGGAUUGAUUCAAAAAGGAAGCUCUGUAUUUGCAGUGGAAGAAGAUGGCAACACAUAUCAGCAUGAUGUUCCUGAGAUACAGGGACAUCGUCUUAGAGGGGGGCCUCAGAUGAUCCAAUUAAGCUUAGAUGGGAAGCGGUUAUAUGUCACCAACUCUCUCUUCAGUGCAUGGGAUAAUCAGUUCUAUCCUGAACUUGCCGAGAAAGGAUCUCACAUGUUACAGAUUGAUGUUGACACAGAGAAAGGUGGUCUUGCAAUAAACCCAAACUUCUUCGUGGACUUUGGAGCUGAACCAGAUGGUCCUUCCUUUGCACACGAGAUGAGAUACCCAGGUGGUGACUGCACUUCAGAUAUAUGGAUUUGAACAUAUCACAAUGUUACUUUCUCUUGUUGUAUUCCAGCACUUGUAAUCAUCUAUCCCAUCCGUCGAUUGCUUGGAUGACUUGAAUAAUCAAUAACCAUGAGUAGUUAAUAAAGAGUUGGAUUUGUA